UUGUUUAUCCUCAACCCCCUCCUCGAAUCCCGCCCAGGCGCCUAAUCCUUUGAAUUCUCGCCAUAUGCCAUGGCUACGAAACGCAAUAGAUCAAAUCCGCUCUUAUCAACCAACCCUCUCACCGCAGCGCCCGCGAAGAAGACGAAGAAAGAUACCGCCAAACGGAAAUUACACGAAGACGGACCCGGAGGCCUGUUAAUUGUUCGCGCUCCGAAUCUUGACGCGCAGCCACGUACGGCCUCCCAGCCUAAAGCGGGUCCAAGCAACCCCCCACCUGCGAAAAAGUUCAAAGCUGGGUCUGCUGAUCCGCGCGGGUACUCGGUAGACCCUGUUGUGGAGAGGGAUGUACGCGCGAUGAAUGACGAGGCGGAUUCUCUGAGACGCCGGGCACUAACCAAUACCAGCGGGGGUGGCUCAUCGUCCAUGUCAUUUCAAUCUUCGCCGGUGAAGAAGGGCAAGGGCAAGAGGAGGAAUGCGACGGUUGAAGUCUUAGAGCCCCUCAUGGAUGGCACACCUCAGGCCAAGAGGAAUAAGAGCUUGCGUGAGGGCGCCAUGGCUGCAAUCGCACGCGAGCGAGAGGAGGAAGAGGACAAUAGCAGGAGGAAAGGCCAUUCACGACGCUCUUCGACCGGAGGACGUGGCAAACGGAUAAGCAACUCGUUUCAAUUUGGGACGAUUGCAUUACCGCAUCCUCGGGUUACCGAUGACAGUUUCUAUAAGCACAUCGACCGCGACAUUCCUGAUGGCGACCAAGCGCUUCAGCUCCUGGUAUGGAGCACUUCACGGGUCGACUUCGCGUCGUCAACACCACCUCUUCCCCCUGAAGAAGACAUAUUCAAGCGGGCCUCGGAGCAAAUGAUCACUCACCUUGCGUCCCAAUGGAGAGGACUGUCACUCGCAGAUGAGGAUGAAGGGAUGGAUUCGAUCAAAGGCACCAAUGCACAGAACGAGAAGAACAAGGAACGUGCUGUGCUCUAUUCGAACGAAGUUCAGCAGGCGGAAAGCGAGGACAGUGAAUGGCGCAAGGUCAUCCACUUACAUGAAAGCAUGAAAGCGAAAGAUCGCAAACAGUUGGAAGAGUGGCGUCUAUCCCGAGAUAGCCAGAUCGACGAACGCCAACUGUCUGAUCGUCUCCGCGCGGGCCUCCAUCUCGCGCGGGCUGCUCCCGGUCCGAACCUUGAUAAUACGACCGCGAGGCUUAACGAAAUGCGCUGGAAGCUGGACGUGUUGCACACUAAUCUGAGCGGAGCGAGGACGGCAGCGCGUGCUGCCGGGAGAUUACUCGACGAGCGAUUCGAGAUGCUCGACGGUGAGCUCGCUGCCCGGGCCGGAGUUGGAAGUCGUGUCGACGGGAGCUCUGCAUCCGGUACAGCUCUCGUUGAGCCCCGAGUAGCCGCCGCCGAAACUCGCAGCCUUUUCCGAGCGCUUUCGCGCGUCGACUCGGAUCGUCCGCCGGCUCAGGUCGGGGAUGCAGCUCGCAAGGCUGCGCGUGAAGUACAGCGGGCCACGGCUUCGUCUGGAGAACGAGAGCGGAGGGUGACAUUGAUGCCCGGUGGUCCACCAGGGACACCGAAGCGGCCUGGGACGCCACGGAGAGACAGGACACCUGGAACCCCAAGGAGAGAUCGGACACCGAGUGGAAUGUAGGCUUGUACUUUGGCUACCCCCUUCUCCCCUUUGUUUUCCAUCCCCAACGGUCCAUCUUCUUCCCUACCUAAGGAGAUGAUGUGUAAGCAUCAGUGUGCGCCAGGGUCCGUGCGACAUCCUACACUGCUUCCAUGGAUCGCAGCGCUUGCCGAUGGAUGGCGAGGCUUGCGAAGAAAUUGAUGCGGCGGGCAGAUGGGUAAACCUCACUGACUGUAAUUUCGCCGCUGCUAUCCUUUGCCCGCGUUGCUCUUCUGCUCUUAAUGGUGGUCCACGAUCAGUCUCUGUCUGGGAUAUUACUUUCGAAAUCGAGGUCGACAGGAUUUGCCUUGCAGCAUCCCUCGCAGUGUCCCAAUGAAUUUCGUCAUCGUUCAAGGGUUUCAUUGGGGAUCUGGGUCAUGGACACGAACUUGCUUUCUACGUGCAUAUAUUCAAAUUGCCCGAACGGAGGACGGUAGCUCCUGAAGCUCUCUUUAUGACGUUGCUGCACAGUGCACUCGAGAGACCCGGUGGACGUUUUGGGAGCUGGAAGGUAUUCGCUUACUCGAGGCCACUAUGGAACGAUUCCAUUGAGCCCAUUUUAUCACCAGCCCCUUGAUAUCUGUCCAUUCGACCGAGUAUCCCUGCGAAUCCCGCUUCAAGAUGCAACAAUGACGAAGAUCGUCGUCGGAAGUUGCCUUCAAUUACUUCCGCUGCAGUUCUAUGUAUAUUCGGCUAUGCAAUCCAUCCAUCCAGAACAUUUGCGACCUGUGCGGAUCAGGAGCAGCUCGCUGUGUAGCCACCGCCUUUUAAGUGGAAAACGCCGCAGCGGGAUACCAUAUCCACAACAUAAUUUCGGGUAGGCGCGAGGGCGGUUGGAUGAAUGGCAGACAUCGAUCCUGCUCAUCUACUAGACCAUGCUUAUGAGUCCUUCGAUCUAUUUUCGCUUUCGGUCUGGAUAGCUUCCGGUGUGACAUUCAAGAGUCCAUCACGGUUGGAAGCGGCCAGCCUGACCGAUUCUACACUGCCCAUGGACGGAUGCCGCCACUACAGUUGCUCCGAGACCUUCAUUUACCUCGCAUGCUCCCUGAUCUCCGCGUUGACGAUGCGAAAAGAUUGAGUAGACCCACUGCAUGGGCGACCAUUUCGGCCCUCAACAAAGUCAUUCUGGGGUCGUCUCAUGAAACGACCCUGGGUGUUCGCGAAGACAUCGAUAUCACCCUGGCGAUGCAUGAACCAGUCUCUCGAGAAUCAAAACACCUUCGGCGUGAUCCAGCGACAUUUCCCAGAACAACGGUGUCUCUCGAAAAGAACGAAGCCUGUGGAUGGACAUCAAGGAGGUGCAGAUGGAUAGGAUGGUGAGGUCUGUCGUCCUGUCUCAGAACGCCCAUCAAUCAGCCGCUCCCCAUCGCCGACGCGCUGAUCUGUCUUUCAUUCCGAAACGCGCCGAUCAUAGCCAACAUACCGGCUUCGGCCAUGUUGUAUUCAUCAAUGAGCGCCGAGUGCCGAGCGCUCAUGGAUCAAAGGCACAUUUUGCGCCAGCGUCCACAAUAAACUUUGUCGAUCCCCUAUGUCGGAACACAUCCCAAUUUGCG